GCGGGCCGCGGGGGGCCAUAGCCACCUGCACCAGCAUUCCCCCUCGACCACGGCCCGCGUGCUCCUUCCCCUCCCGCACAUGCUCCGCGAGGACUCGAAUACGAGCGCGAGAGAGAGAGGAAGGCGAGAAUUGUGAUUCAGCGGAGAGGCAGGCUUGAGAGAGAUUUGUCGAAAUGGCGGCCGUCGCUGCCUCGUCGUGUGCUGCCUCGUUUGCGGCUCUGUCCAUCAGCGGCAGCAGCUCGAGUGCCCGGCCUGUUGCGUGCAGCUCGUUUGUUUCGGUGGCGCCUCUGCGCUCUUGCGGAUUUUUGAGCACCCCUCUUUCGGUUUCAGGGGGAGUUUCGAGAUGCUCGGUCUCUCGUCGCGUCGUGGUCAUUAGAGCCAUGGCUGACCCCGUCAAGAAGAAAAAAGAGGACUCUGCCGUGAAGAGAGCUCGAAUUGCCGAAGCCCGCCGUAUUUACAACAAGUCGAGGAAAACUGAGAUCAAGACUCGCAUGAAAAAGGUGUUUUCUGCUCUCGAUGAAAUGAAGAAGAAAGGCGCAUCGUCACCGGAGGAGAUUAAGCCCGUCGAGGUUUUGAUUGCCGAGGCCUACUCGAUUAUCGACAAAGCCGUGAAGGUCGGAACUCUACACAAAAACACCGGAGGAAAUAGAAAAUCUCGAUUGGCCCGCGCUAAGAGGGCUUUAGAAAUUCAGCUAGGCUGGUACACACCGACCCCUUCAUCAUAGAUAGCUCAGGUACAUAGAUAUGCUCAUUCCUGAUUUUUCCUCCAAAAUAUAAGGUUGUUACAUGUGCAAUCGAUUUUUGUUCUCUUCAUUGAUUCGAAUCUUUAUGGUGUACGAGUGAGUCUGCAGACUGCCUGCCUGCUAAACCAUAGAAUAUUUGAACUGAGUCAUGACAUACGUACGCAGCUGGCUGAAUUUCCUCAUCUUGGAAUCAGUGCAUUCAAUUCAC